AUGAUGAUAUUGUUGACUUGUCCUGUCAUAUUUAAGCCUGGGGAAUGUGAAAAUCAAGAGGAGCAUUACUUAGGACCAUCAGCAGACAGCCAGGAGUCUGCGAGUCCUCCACCGAGUCCGACUGACUCUGGAACUUCAGAAUCAGCGCCCACCCUAGUCCAUAUAAAACAAGAAAAUAUGCCACCUGGAACUGAUCUCAAGGAGUACUACGGGUCCCUCGACUUUGGACUAUCCGAUACAUACCUGUCGUCAAACUUCCAAGACUAUGGACGAGGUUACUUACCCAGGCCUCUAGAACUACGUAAUCAAAGCUUCUUAGAUCCAAAAAGUCCAAAGGAAAAUGACGAACGGAGCAAAGAAGGUGAUUCUGGUGAUACGGACUUUAGUCUACCAAGUGAACUAAUAUUGAAAAGUGGUGGAAUAUUUGCUAGAGUUACCAUAGCUAAUGGUACUAAAUAUGGACCUUUUCUUGGGAAAUGGGAGUCACAACCUUUGGAUAGAAGGUUCGCUUGGGAGGUUCUUGGCAAGAAUGGCGUUCGCGGCUGGCUGGAUGGCACCACAGAAAAGAGUAACUGGUUGAAGCUGGUGCGCUUUACUAACUACCCUCACGAUGUGAACGUGCAGCAUCUCUUGCUGGCAGGCCAAGUGUGGUACAAGGUAGUACGAGAAAUCCCUUCUGGUCAGGAAUUGCUCCUGGGUCCCAGAACUCCAUUGCCCCUACAAGAUGUUAUGCCAUCUCCUGAACGUCCAUUGUCCUCUGAAAAAUUCAGCUCACUUCCCCAGGGUGAGGAGGAGGAAAGAGAGGACGCCGAGCCAAGGUGCAACAUCUGUGACGCAGCCUUUCCUAAUAUAGAUGUUCUUGAUCGCCACUUGAUUCAGGAGCACGCACAACCAGCAGCGGCUUUUCAUUGCGAGCUCUGCAACCGCGCCUACAGCACCCGAGCGCUACACCUGCGUCACCGUGCGCUUGCGCAUACAGAUAUUAGGAAAUAUCCCUGCGAAAACUGUCCUAAGGUAUUUACCGAUCCUUCCAACCUCCAGCGCCACAUCCGCGCGCAGCACGUUGGAGCCCGCAGCCACGCCUGCCCUGAGUGCGGCAAGACCUUUGCUACAUCCUCCGGCCUGAAGCAGCAUACACACAUACACUCCAGUGUCAAGCCCUUCCAGUGCAAGGUCUGCUUUAAGGCCUACACCCAGUUCUCAAAUCUCUGUCGUCACAAGCGGAUGCACAUCGCCUGCAGAGCACUUGUGGAAUGCGUUAAAUGUGGCCAAUCUUUCACGUCUUAUGCAUCUCUAACUAAACAUAAGCGAUUUUGUGACACCGCUGCUGCAGCUUCACACAAUCUUAGAGGGCAAAUGCCACAAGGUUUACCACAAAUACCGCCACUACCAAACGUCGGAAUGAAUACUCCAAAUAAUACCAACCCAUUCCCAAUGUACCGGGGGCCUGCUCUACCGCUCCCAUAUAACACAUUUGCCAACUAUCCAGCUUUCUUUUCUGCGGCUGCAGCUGCAUGUCCGCCAGAGUUUCUGAACCCACUAUUUUUGAAUGUACAAGGCACUAGACUUGCAAUGGAACACGAUAUGGCUCUAUCAAAUGCUAAUUUGAUGUCAAAGCAACAGGAAGGUCGCUUAUCCGUUAAAAGCAUGGAUAGUUCAACUUCUCUGGAAGAAGCGAAAAAAUCUAAAGAUAUAGAGUUUGAAAAUAAAAGGGAUAACUACAGUACAGAUCGAGUUACACCCAAAACACAAAGCCUUUAUGCUAAACAAUCGCCUUCAUCAGGCGAGGAACCAUGUUCUCAACAGCGUCCAUCACCGGUUAUGCCACUAACUACGCCAUUAAUACCAUUUAACUUUUCAAAGGAUGAAUUGAAGAGGAAGUCACCUUUCAAUUUUUCUCUUAAAUUAAAUAACAACGAUAUCCAGGCUAACAAAUCUGAAUCACCUCUACCUAAAGAUUUAUCAAAGAAUACAAUGGAAGACGAUAAGGCUUUAGAAUAUUCAGAUGUUGAAGAAGACACAAAAAAAGUUGAAACUGACCAGCCGCUUGAUUUAUCUGUUACAAGGAAACAGAACGACAAAGAUUCGGAAGUAGACAAUGAUGAUCGUUGUUUUCGUAAUUCGGUAAAGUCUUACUCACCACCCGAGAGUCCUGCAGAACGUAACAAGACUCCAGAGAAUGAUACAACAGAUGUUGACGUUGAGGGGGUUGAACCUAAAAGAGAAGAAUCACCUCCACAAAUUAUUUCACCACCCAUAGCAUUCCCAAUGCCCGUUCAUCCACAGCAUCGCAGUAUUAUUGAUGCUAUGUAUAGGUCACGAUUUUCGUCGUUUCACUCUUCGGAAUCGAUAUUGAAUUCAACACACUCUCCUUACGUCCCGAGUCCUUUUAAUUUUUUAUCCCCACUUCUCGGUACUGACGGCCCUGACAGGCAACCCAGUGCUUAUGCUAAGUUUCAAGAUUUAAAUUCAGGUUCCGGAAAAUUGCGAGACCGUUACGCAUGUAAAUUUUGCGGGAAGGUGUUCCCGCGAAGCGCAAAUUUAACACGUCACUUACGUACUCACACAGGCGAGCAACCUUACAAAUGCAAAUAUUGCGAGCGCUCAUUCUCAAUUUCGUCAAACUUGCAACGACACGUAAGGAAUAUUCACAACAAGGAAAGACCAUUUCGGUGUCCCUUAUGCGAAAGGUGUUUUGGACAACAGACGAAUCUCGACCGUCACUUAAAGAAGCACGAGGCCGAAGGUGGCGAUUCACCAAGUUCAGCUGACACUGAGCGUGAGGAUGCGUAUUUUGAUGAUAUUAGGUCGUUUAUGGGUAAAGUAACAUGUUCACCAGGAGCUCGCACUUCGCCAGCGACAUCACCGCACGCGCCGCACACCGCGCCGCGCCCGUCGCUCGCCAUCACGACAUAG